AUGGAUACUCUUGACGAAUACGAGCAAAGUAUUGAGGUUGGUAGGACGGUUUGUGAAUUGCGAAAAAUUAAAAAUCACUUUUUAGGCCCUUCGAAACGAGUACAUUUCGGAGAGAAACGCGAAAAAAGGAUGGGAAAUUUUGGAGAAAUUGGCGAAAAUGCAAAUGGAAAAUGAACCGGAAUCGACGUGUGUUUUUGGGGGGAAAUUUUGUAAUUACUUAAAGGCCUGCACUUUCGACCCAUUUACAAUUAUCCGAUCGGGUCCAGACUUUGCAGGUUUUUUGGACUUGGAUUAAAGUAUACUGGGCCCGAGUUUCAGAUCGAUCCGAUCAUUCGGUUACGAGAUAUGUGGAUCAUUUACCGAAAGCCCGAGCUUUUCGGCCUCUGAUCCACAUAUCUCGAGACCGGAUGAUCCGAUCGAUUUGAAACUUGGACCCAAUACACUUCUAUCCAAGUCCAAAAAGCCUGCAAAGCCUGGGCCCGAUCGGAUCAGUACAAGUGGUCCAAAAGUCUAAGCCCUGCAUUUUUCAACAAAUUGGUUUUUAAUUCGACUCUAAUGCUAUCCCUUGUAGGCCUCCUUCGAAAAAGAGCAAAAAUGAGGAGAUGUCGGCGGAUUUCGACGAUUUCAGCACGAGCAAGCUGAUCACCCUCAUUAUGGGCGACAUUUCCACUCAGGACCUUCUCGUCGAUCAUCAGGUGAAUUUUCUGAUCUCCAUGUAAAAGUGUCCAAAAAUUGAGAGUUUCCUCCAAUUCUUCCUAGAAUUUUAAAGUUUCAGAUUCUACUGCUCGAGUUUAUUCCAUCGGCGCAUCCGAACAUUCUCCGCCACGUCGUCCGUUUGAUUAGCGAGAAAGAGGGCGCAAUUUCGCUGCUCAAAUCGUCCGCUCUGGCGGUCGGAAUCGCAUUUGCGAGAAGAGUGACUGAGGCAGAAAUCGGCGAGGAACUCACGAAAUUGAUGGCUUUUUUAGUGGAAGACGAGUCGAUUUGUGAGGAAUUGCGGGCCGAAUUGGCGAAGACGAAGAGUCGCGACGGAUCCGUCGCCCGCAGCCGCAUUUAUUCGGUUUGGAGCAUUUUUCUUGUUAAUGAGUUUUUGAUGAAAGCCAGGGCUCGGCAAAUUUCGGCCCAGGCUUUUUGAGGCCUACAUUUUUAACCCACUUGUAAUGAUCCUAUCGGACCCGAACGUAGCAGACUUCUUGGACUUGGAUGGAAGUAAAUUGGGUCCAAGUUUCGGAUCGAUUUGAUAAUCCCGUCUCGAGAUAUGUGGACCAGAGGCCGAAAAAAAACCGCAAUUCUCGCAAAAACCCGGGCUUGUCGGCCUCAAACCAGUACAUCUCAGGACAGGUAUCCAAACAGCUGGGGACGCGGGCGAAGGAAACCACGAGACGGCGGGGAAAUGUUGCACUGGGUACUAUGAGUCAGGAAAAAUAAAUGGUCCCCGUUCCUCGCAAAACUUCCUUUGGUGCCACGAGAGGGGACCCCCCCCCCCUAGUAAGUGGGUGAAAAGUCCAGGCCCUCAAAAAGCCUGUGCUGAAAUUUUCCUACAAAGAAUACAAAGUCAAUGCGCUCUUCAAGUGCUGGCGCACUGGGGAUCUCGGUUUUUCUGUAUACUACUAGGUAUAACUGGUGGUGAACCGGCUAAGGCCUGAUUUUAAUAUACGUCCGUCCGGGCAAGGGAAUUUAACCGAGUAACAGCGUUUUUAUUCUCGAAUUGUAUUCAUUUUUGCGACGUUUCAGAUCGCUUCUGCUCGUGCGCACGCCGCCACCGAUCUUUCGUGCAUCCACUGGCUCCUCGAGGCCCUAAUGGCGACUGUUCUGGAUCAUUCGGACGUUUUGGCCCAAUUGGACGCCCUCGAUACACUCGUCGACGUCGUUUUGAGCGGAAAAGAGAAUGCGAAGGCGAUUUACGAGCUCGGAUACGUCAAAAAGGUACUGAUGGAGUUUUCGGAACUAAUUUUGUCCAAAAAUAUGGCAAAACUCGGCGAGUUUUGCGAAAAAAAACCACCUUUUUUUGCAGAUUUACGAUCUCAUGGAGUGGUCGAAAAACAUGCCGGAUAGUGGAGAAAUCUACUUUUGUACGUCACGAUCAGAGAUGGGCAUUUCUGCACAAAAUGUUUCGCGCCCGCAAAACUGCGUUAUCGCUAUUCCGCGAACAUUACUUCUAUGGAUCAUAUUCCUUUAAUUUCCACUCAUUUUAACCCACUAGACUACCUGAUACGAGCACUAGAAUCACUAAUGUCUAGUUUUUAGUAGUGCCCUUAUGGCGCCGCAAUCUAGACAUUUCUGACUUUACCCGGACUGUAAUAGGUUGUCAAGGUGUUCUAGCUGUCUAAAUCACUUCUAUGUGUCAUAUUUGUUCAGUUUCUACUCAUUUGCCAGCCCUGACACAAAAUUGCGGAUCUCAAAACGCGUUCGAAACUUUUUGUCCGGCCGCCGCCCAUCUCUGGUCACGAUUUAAUUUUUUUACAGACGGAACCCGUUUUCUGUGCUACACGGCCCGUUCGUUCCCGCAAAUCCUGGCCGAUUUUCCCGAAUUUUUGAGCAGACUGUUUUUGGAGGUAAAUUGGAAAAAUUGAAUAAUUUACUGUAAAUUACGUGAUUUUUAGCUGAUUUUUCCGGAAUUUUUGUGCGCUUCCUAGUGAUUUUCAGCAAUCUCCAGUCGAAAUUCGAAUUUUCAGAUCCGAAUGUUCGACCAGCUGGGAAUUAGCUCUCGAAUCGGCGCUUUCGAUCACUUCGCCAGUCUCUGCUUCUCGUUGGAGGCGAAAAUGACGUUGGAGAACUUGUACAAAGGUUUUUUUUCAGAUUUUUAGCGACAGAACUGUUGAAUUGAAAUUGCUGAAAGAAAGGAGUAUUUUGACUUUUGAAAUUCAAUUUUCAGAUUCGAAAGAGCUUGAAAACACUCUGGGAGCAGCCGGAGCCGCAUCGGCAAUGGGAUCGAUGGAAAUGAAGUGCCGCACGCUCCAGGCGCUCACUCUUGUCUUUCAGAAUUGUAAGGGCCUAACUUUCCCCCGGCCCUGGCCUAUAGACUUUUCAAAGCUUCCAGAAGUUUCGACUUCUACAGAAAACUCGUCUUAUUCCUAUUUCUUCAAUAAUUUUUCGAUUUUCAGUCAACGACGAGCUGGCUGCCACGUGGUACGUCCGUCUCGGCGGAACCGCCCUGACGCACGUGACGAUCGGCGCCGUCAAAAAGCCGUUUCCGGAGCUCAAAACGGCGAUCUACGAUUUUUGGCAGCAAAUAUUCGCCUAUCCGCGCAUCGUGAAACUGUUUAUCGAAUACCGACAGUAUGUUUCAUUUCAGGGAAAACGUUGCAAAUUGAAUGUUCCAGAUUCGUCGACUGGAUUCUCGACGAAAAGACGGAAAAUAUGCCGGAAUUCGAGUUGCGCAAACGUCAAAUCGUGCGCAGAAUCAUCGCAGUUUCGGAGCAAACGGAGGACGUGAUCAACUUGGAAAUUGUCGAACAACUCCGAAAAUAUCUGCAACCGACGUCCGCCGCGGUCCCACGCGUCGAGGAAAUGGCUCUUUGA